UUGAGGGGGAGCUCUGAGCUGGUGGUCCCUGAGCAGCCUCCCAGUAGGGAGAAGCCCUUCAAGUGCUUGGAAUGUGGGAAGAACUUCAGGCAGAGCUCCAACCUUCUCCAACACCAGCACAUCCACAGUGGGGAACGGCCCUACCCAUGUAGGGAAUGUGGGAAGAGCUUCAGCCGGAGCUCCCACCUGAUCCGACACCAGCUUAUCCACACCGGAGAAAGGCCCUACACCUGUAGGGAAUGUGGGAAGAGCUUCAACUGCAGCUCCCACCUGAUCCGACACCAGCGCAUCCACACUGGGGAACUGCCCUACAGGUGUGGAGAAUGUGGGAAGAGCUUCGGCCAGAGCUCCAACCUCCUCACCCACCAGCGCACCCACACUGGGCAAUGGCCCUACACGUGUGGGGAAUGUGGGAAGAGCUUCAGGCAGAAGUCCCACUUCCUCAUCCACCAGCGCAUUCACACUGGGGAAUGUCCCUACACAUGUGGGGAAUGUGGGAAGAGAUUCAGGCAGAGCUCCCAGCUGAGCCAACACCAGAUGAUCCACACUGGGGAACGGCCGUACAAGUGCUUGGAGUGUGGGAAGAGGUUUCGGACCAGCUCAGAGCUCCUCGUGCACCAGCGGACGCACACGGAUGAGAGGCCCUUCCGCUGCACCGACUGCGGGAAGGGCUUCAACCGUAACGGGAACCUCAUCACCCACCGGCGCAUCCACACUGGGGAAAGGCCCUACAAGUGUGGGGAGUGUGGGAAGACCUUUGCCCACAGCUCUGGCUUGACCUACCACCUAGGGACCCACCGGUAAGGGAAGCCCUGGGAGUGCCCUGACUGCGGGAAGAGCUUCGGCCGCUGCU